AUGGCAGAACAUAGUCAAAACAAAAUAGAUCAAUCUCUGCAAUAUAUUGAAAGGCAACAAGACGAAUUGGAGAACUUUUUAGACAACUUUGAAACGAAAACGGAAGCUCUCCUGUCUGAUGUUGUAUCAACAAGUUCCGGGGCUGCUGCCAAUAACAAUGACCAAAAGAGACAACAAGCUUAUAAAACAGCCCAAACUUUGGACGAAAACUUAAAUUCAUUAUCAUCUAACCUAUCUUCUCUAAUCACGGAGAUUAACAAUGUGAGCAAUACAUUCAAUAAAACCGCUAAUAUCGAUAUAAACAAUGAAGACGAGAACAUUCAACUGAUUAAGAUUUUGAAUUCACAUUUUGAUGCAUUAAGAUCUCUUGACGAUAGCUCAUCUUCCCUGGAGAAAAAGAUAAGUUUGAUAAAAAAAUGA